AUGUCGUUUGUCAGGAUCAGUCGGACUCAAGGCAGUCAAGGAAAGCGACCGACGCGAAGCAAGAGAGUGACCGCUGCUAAGAAAGAGUGGGUGAGCACAAUCAAUGACCUCUCCGUGCAUAAAGCUACUCCCGAGGAGCUGGCAAGGCGACAUGAGAUGCACAGGUCACAGAACCGGGCUGCGGCUCAGUUUGAGCUGAGAGAGAAGGCUUUGCAGCGCCGAAGUAGACUGGACCAGUUUCCCAUCUCCCCGGGCCUGGACCGAGCCCGACUCAACAUCAUCAGAGAGGUGUUUUCAGAGCAGCUCCAGCUGCAGGAUGUUCUCCAGCGCUCAGACAGGGCCAUGGCUGUGGUCAAAGACCUGUUUGGAGAUGCACCACACAGACACACAGGGUUCCCGAGCAUUACCAAGGCGCCAGAGUGUGGAUCUGAUCCCGAGCUGCCGGUUCUGCAGAAACCCAGUCCACCGACCCAGCUGUCGCUGCUCAGCCAGUCUGUCAUGGACCAGCAGGCUUUGAACGAGCUGGAAAAUUCUGAGAGAGAAUACAGUGAUGACGACCGGGAUCCCGCCCUUAGCUUCACCUCCACCAGUGACGUGUGCAGGAACAAGGGGAAGUCAUCUGGUGGAGGCUCAGGAGAUCCAGCAGCUCUGAAUGCCACGAUGGCGGUGGAGCGUGUAAAGUCCAGGCAAUCUCAGGAGGACUGUGAACCCCCCACGACGCUGGCCUCUCAGGUUCUAAACCCAGACCCUGCUCCCAUACACACAGGCAGGAAGAACAGGCCGUCACGGGCCAGGAGAGGGCGCUGUGCCGAAAGCUCAGGGCUAAAUAGCUCAGGGCUCAGCUCUCUGACUGGGAAUCAGUCCAGCCUGGAGCUCCUGCAGAGCAUGCUGGGACAGGUGGAGACGGAGCUGGACGCCCUGGAGUUUCAGGGGCCUGAAACUGCGUCUCAGGGGCCCCAGGAGUGUGGUCGCGGAAUCACAGGCUUCUCUAUGGCUCUGGUUUCUACUUUAGGCCGCUUAGCCAGCCACCUCAGACGGACGGAGGAGGCGGUGUGCAAGGAGGGACAGGAGAGGCGGCGUUUGGAGGAGGAGGUGAAGGAGCAGAGGAGUCUGAUAGACGCCCUCACAGCCGAGUCUCUCACGCUGAGGGAGGAGAGCGCCUCCCUGCGGGCAUUGUUACAGGAUCGCAUGGCUGAACUGGAGCAGCGACUUGACACUGUGGUGUUGGCAAUGGGAGGACUGGGAGGACUGGGACUGGGAGUACACACAUUCGGAGAGUUGAACAGCAGAGAGCAGAGAAAUGGUGCAAUCCCAACGGGCAGUGAAGAGACCCAUUCCCAGGGUGAGAGAGACACAGGGAAUCAGGACUCAGUGUCUGCUGCUGUGUUGUUGUCCCCUCCCCGACAGAGAGACAACCACCUUCCUGCUACAGGCACGUGCGCACGGUCACUGCAGUACAGUAACGGUUCCUGUCACGGUUCACGUGACAGUUUGGACGCCCCUCCUGUCUCCCCCUCCUCCUUCGCCAGUCUCCCCCAGCGCACGUCGCUGCUCCUCCACGAAGCCUCCCAGUCCAGCAUACUGGACCAGGUCGCAGACCUGACCCGUCAGAACGCGGCCGUUCGGACUCGGCUGGGUCAGUGCCGCCCGUCCCCAACGGGAGGUUCUACUUCUGGAGAACAGAGCGCCGGCAAAACGCCUCCGGCCGGUGACGCGGAGAGACGAGUGACUCCCCCUACUGGACAGGAGGCUGCGUGUGUGCCUGGCUCCUCUGUUUCCAGUCUGGAGGAGCGUCUGCAGGAGCUGAACAGACAGAGUGUGGAGGCCAGGAACAGACUGCUGGAGCUUAUAGAGCAGCAGAGACAGAACACCUCCCUCAGACCCUCUCCCUCCAUCUCCCCUAUACUACCACCUCACACAGGUACUCUGUCCCCCUGUCGACUGACCCCCGAGGCCAGCGUGUCAAUGGCAGAGAAAGGCCCCUCCCCACACAGCAGGACUGUCAGCAGAGGGUCCACUGGACAGAUCUCUCCACAAAGUUUAGAUGGAGCGAACCGGAGUGCAAGAGGGCAGGUGGACAGACGGAGGGAGGAGGCCUGGUUUGCACUGUCUGCUCAUGUCAGAUGA